CCAGUUCGACACUAUAUCAACCAAUUCCUUCCUUAUUUUAGCUUUCUCAAACAAAGUAGAAGGGUGAUGGGUAAUGUUAAGGUUAACAGUGUAGCGGUUGUUAUGGGGAUGGUGUUGUUGUUUGGUGUAAGUCUUGGGCAAUUUGAAGGAGGUGGAAACGGUCCGUUCACACGUGGCGAUGGCAGUGGCAGGAGAAGGCCGGAGAAUGAGAUGGUACCCGCCAUGUUCGUAUUUGGAGACUCUCUCAUUGAUAAUGGAAAUAACAACAAUCUUCCUUCCUUCGCCAAGGCCAACUAUUUCCCCUACGGCAUUGAUUUCAAUGGUGGCCCAACUGGCCGCUUCUCCAAUGGCUACACCAUGGUCGAUGAAAUAGCGGAGCUGCUAGGACUCCCUUUAGUCCCAGCCUUCUCUCAAGUUUCUGGACCCCAAUCUCUGCAUGGAGUCAACUACGCAUCCGCUGCUGCAGGCAUUCUUGACGUUACGGGAAGAAACUUUGUGAGUCGCAUACCUUUCAAUCAACAAAUCAGAAACUUUGAGAACACGCUGGAUCAGAUUAGUAACAAUCUAGGUGCAGUUAAUGUGGGACAAUCCAUCGGACGGUGCAUAUUCUUUGUGGGAAUGGGGAGCAACGACUACCUCAACAACUAUCUUAUGCCCAAUUACCCCACUCGAAAUCAAUAUAAUGCUCAGCAGUACGCGGAUCUGUUGGUCAGCCAGUACAUGCAGCAGCUCACUAGACUGUACAAUCUGGGUGGGAGAAGAUUUGUGAUAGCAGGGUUGGGGCUGAUGGGGUGCAUUCCAAGCAUCCUGGCACAGAGCCCAUCAGGAAGCUGCUCAGAAGAAGUGAACCAACUUGUUCGACCUUUCAAUGUGAAUGUGAAGAGUAUGAUAAACCAGCUGAAUAACAACCUUCCAGGAGCAAGAUUUAGUUACAUUGACAUAGAACGCAUGUUCCAGGACUUGCUUGUCAACUCUAGAUUUUAUGGGUUAAGUGUAUUGAACAGAGGAUGCUGUGGAAUUGGGAGGAACAGAGGCCAAAUCACAUGCCUCCCAUUCCAAACGCCCUGUACCAAUCGAGAUCAAUAUAUCUUUUGGGAUGCAUUCCAUCCCACUGAAGCAGUUAACAUCCUCAUGGCUAGGAAGGCUUUUAAUGGCGACCAAUCCGUUAUUUCCCCUUUCAAUAUCCAGCAGCUAGCCACUCUUUGAACCAAUUGCUCUACAAUUUUCGUCUUCAACAAAGAAUUUGCAUCGUUACAAGUUUUGUAAUGUCUUUCCUUCUUAUGUAAUGCAAUGCAAUGCAAGAAUUUACUCAAUACUUUCAUA